AUGGAUAUUGGCGUUAUUUAUUGGAAAAACGUCAAGUGGAUGAAAUGCGGCCUAUUUAGCAGAAAGAGCAUAUGGUGGUGUUCUUAUCCGGACUUUAAUGGAUUACACAUGGACAUGAUGAGGAAUUCUUUCCAAAAGAAGUUUGUUGAACUACUGAAUCUUUUUUCUAUAAUUUCUUCCAUAGCUAUUAACAGUUAUUUAAGCACACUUCACGAAGAUUCAUUUGCCAAUUCAGAUGAUCAGCCUAGCUCAGGAUCUGCCACUUUAGAACAGUUAGCUGCUUUAGCCACCUCGUUAAAUAAUAUUUCUAACCAUAUCCUCGAGAAAGGAUCAAACAUGAUGAACGAAGUAAAUUCAUCUCCAAAUAAUGAUGAAACAACGAUAAAGUUUACAAAUAACGCGUCAAUACAAUGUACCAAAAACAAUGAUCUACCUAAAACUAAUAAAUAUGAUAUAGAACAAUCGGCUACAAGUUCGUAUACAGUUGAUAUCAAUCCCAUUAGACAUCACCCUCAUGAACAAAUUGUUCUUCUUAGUAAUGAAAGGCUAAAUGAUUUAUUGAAAAUAGUGAGUUGUGGUACAAUGAUGAAUAAUGAUAUUUCAAUAAAAAAUGGUUCUAUCAAUUCUUCUGCUUUCCAAGGAUCACCUACAAUAAGCAAUCGCUUGUUAAAAUCUUCAGGGUAUUCAAAACUUUCAGAUGCUCAUUGUACUAAUAGCCUGUCAAAAUGCACUGCUACUCAUUGCUGUUCAUAUUAUCCAAGAGCUAAUAUCACAAUGGAACAUUCUAAUAAUGUGUAUACUCCUCCAUCUCUUCAGUAUACCUCUUGUUGUUCAACAAAUGGUAUUCCAAAUCAAAUUGUUCAUUUUUCUGUAAAUAGUAGUUCAGCUGCCUCAUCCAACAAAAAACCUGUAACUAUGGAUGAUGGUAAGUUUAAGUAUACAAAUUUUAUUUUAUAA